CCGUGGUGCGCAAAACCCUCGCCUUAUCUAAAAGCUAUUUUCACUUGCUGAAGAACGCAAAAUUUUUUUGCCAAACUGUUGCUCCAACAAUGGCCUCUUCUUCCUCACUCUCUGCCACUCGCACCUCUCUUCCUUCUUCCUCCUCCUCAUCAUCCUCCAAAUUCCCAUUUUGCCCCAAAUCGUUUUCCCAAUUUACAUCUCCCCAACCCAUUAUAUCUUUCACCCACAGCCUUAGACCUUUUCCUUCUAAAUCAAAACCUCUGUUUGGCCUAACAAGAACCCACAAAGGCCUAGCCGUCAAUGCCCAGACACUGGACUUCUCGGGCUCAUUCUUCGAGGGUGGUUUCGGGUCGGAGGACGACCCGCCAUCUCCGCCCGGGCCGGGCCUGAUUGCCGUGGAUGACAAAGAGGAGCCUCAAUGCCCACCUGGGCUCAGACAGUACGAAACAAUGGCGGUUCUGAGGCCAGACAUGUCCGAAGAUGAGCGUCUUGCACUUACCCAGAAGUACGAAGAGUUGCUUGUUGCUGGAGGAGGCAUGUAUGUUGAGGUAUUCAACAGAGGGGUCAUUCCACUAGCCUAUAGCAUCAGGAAGAGAAACAAAGCUGGAGAGACUAAUACUUACUUGGAUGGUAUCUAUCUUCUCUUCACCUACUUUACAAAACCUGAGUCCAUUGAAGUUCUUGACCAGACACUGAAAACAGAUGAUGAUGUCAUCCGAUCAACGAGUUUCAAAAUAAGGAAGAGGAAGUAUUAGUUUUGGUUUUAUUUCAUUUUUUCUAGUUCUCGAAGGAAGACAUAUAUUGCAAAGAUAAGUUACAUGUACCAUGUAAUAUUAUAUGUACUGGAUCUGACUUCUUUCCCUAUUCAAUUUGUUUUUGUAAACAUAGUUGGUUUAAUGAGAAAAGAAGGACAAUUUCAGUUGCUAAAA